UGCACAUCGAUUUCAUGCUGAAGCUACUUUUGCUUUCGGAGCCACUUCGAAUUCAGCUUUACCAGUAGAACUUCGAUAAAAAUUCAGUGUUAUCCAAUCCAAAUCCUAAUUAAUGCCACCAUGCCCUUUAAACGCAUCAUCCGGCGGAGACUACUGUCUCUGCUUCAGCCAUGGCUGCUGGGGGAACCUGAGUUCCAUCUUAAAUUAGGGUUCAUCCAGUCUUUUGCGGUUGCGGAUAAUCUUCGCAUUGAUGUUUCCGUUCUUAACGAGCUCUUGGACGCGCCUGCUCUGUUGUUUUUCAAGGACAUCACAGUUGAACAUCUAAGCGUUCGAUUAUCGAACUGGUCCGCACCAGCCUUCUCAAUCGAAGUUCAUGGAGUCCACGUUGUACUAUCAUUUGAGAAGCCAGAGCAGGAGGGAUGCUUGGGGCGCUUGCGGACAUCAAAGCAUAAUGACUUGGAAAAUGUGAGGAAGAAGCUUUCGGCACUUGAUCCAGAGGGUUGUGCUUUGCAUCACCUCUUGGAGAGAAUCUUGUUUACUGCACCUUCAAGAAAGAAUUUUUCAGCAUCACUUGUGAAUCUUAUUCUCAAACACUGUCAUCUAGAGGCACAUCACAUCCGUGUGGAGGUUCAAUUCCCUAUCUUAAACAAUGUGUUGAUGUGUUUUGCGGAAUUAGAGGAGUUUAAUGCAAGGUCUAAGUUUCUGGAUGGUAAAUGUCUUACCAGAGGUCUUCUUGGUGCAAUUUUUCUUCCAGUGAACGAGAGCUCUUACAUAUUAAAUGGCAUGGGGUUGAAGAUUGGAUUUAAUGAGAAAGAUUGCAUAGACCGUCUUGUAUUUUCAUGUGAUCUGUGUACACACAUCAAAUUGCAUGAUCUUCAGCUGGCCGAUUGCACUAUCUAUUUUCCAGAACUGACUUUUUCAUUCUCUCCAGAUGACAUUUUUAUAUAUCUAGCUCUUGAUAAAGUGCUAUCUUAUAAGCACAAUCAUGCUAGAAGUGCUAGAGAAUUAUGGAGAUUAGCUGCCAGCAGAAUGGGCUAUGCUCCCAGAUUGUCCUUGCAUAGAUUAGUUUGUACUGUUAGUCAAUGGAUACAUUAUGUCAACGCUUAUGAGAAUCUCUUGUUGUUGAUUGGAUAUUCUUCUGGCCUCUUGUUGAAUAGAUCCAUUUCUAAGAUUUCUUGGAACAACUCCAAGUUGAGUUCUGCUAGACACCACUGGAAGGUAAUAUCUGACACUGAGGAAAGGUUGCCCAUUGCAGGCAUAGCCUUGGCAAGGCGAGUAGCUCGUCAUAGAGCCACAUUGAAAGUUCAAUCUGAUGGCGAGAAACAUUUUAUCACAAGUCCUUUCAAUUUCUUUCGCCCUCUUUUCCCGAUAUUGAUGUUUAUAUGGAAAUUGACCUCAAAAAUAAUCAAAUCUUUAGUAAAUCUCUUAUUUUUGAGAGAAGAAGUUGUGAAAGAUCGAUAUGCUGAUGGCACUUUGGAUUGCACCAACAAAUCUCCUUGUCAAAAGCGUUGUUUCAUUCUGGACAUUGGGAAAGUGAUUAUAACGGUUUCCCCAGCCAGUAGAAUUCAACCAUCUGUAUAUGCUGAGCUAAAGUCACAUUAUGGGUUUGAAUACACAGAUUUCCAUUCAAUAAGCUUUUGUAUUGAUGCUUUGUUAUUUGUAUCUGUUGAAGACAUUUUUGAGCAGAGAGUUUAUUUAUCAUGUGGGCUAAUGAGGGUUAUGCCUGCAUCUCUUGGAGCAUCAUCAAAGUCAAGUAAAAUGAAUAUUCUUAUUGAUUCAGAGAAAGAGAAUAGGAAGGAAGGAAUCGAUGAUAUGGAAUCAAUUUUAUGGGUUGAGCCAGCAAAGUUAUUUUUUCUUUCAGAUGCUGAUGAGGUCCAGGAUGAAGGUUCAUGUGCUCUUCGUGUGGAAAGCCUUUUGGGGAAAAUUUGCUCGAGCUGGAAAGGAAUUUGUGAUAGUUUUAUUGAAAACAGAAUGGAGUAUUCUGAAAAUCCAUCUCUUCUCUGUAAGUUUGAAAGAUCAUUCACAUACCCGGGCCUUAAGAAUUCGGAUUUUGGUUUCCCUGAAUGUGGUUUGAUUCUAGGAAAGUUAAAUCUAGUUUUGACUCAUUAUUCAGUAUCGUCAGUGUCUCUACUUCUUGGUCAGAUGCAGCAUUUUAUUUGGAAGGAGGACAAGGGGAAAACAUCACUUGUUUCGAAUUCUAUGGCUAAACCAGAAGUUUGUUGGGUUAACAAAUUUGAGUAUUAUGCCAAAGCAUGGGUUAUGGCCCUGUUUGAAGUGCUUCCGGAGAAAAACAUUCAGCUUGGAGUAUUUGUUGAUGGUCCUUCUGUGAGAUUUUUACACAAGAAGGCUGAUGUUAGUCAUAAUUCUUUUGACUUGAUUUUUGAUUUCCAUGAGAUAGAAGUGGCUAUUGGUUCACCUUCCCUGUGUGGGGUGGCGCCAUUGGUAGAUUUGCUGGGAUUUGAUGAUGUGAAAGAAGAGUGUCUUAGGUUGGAACCUCAGGCAAUCGAUAUCCCUAAACCAAAUUAUGAUAAAUAUGCAUCGUGGGAAAAGAUUUCAUUUGGUUGUUAUCUUCGUCUAAAUGGUUUAAAUGCUUAUUUGAGGAAACCAGCUGAGAGCCAUCAAUUUCAACUUUUUGCAAUGAAGCCAAUUACAUUACAGAUUUCAUCCAUUAGGGAGUACAUGCACUCUUUAAGCACAACAACAGUUGCUUUUUCAGCUGCUUUCACCAUGAUGGCUGGAGGAUUAACUGUUCUGUCAUUUUUGGAUGAGUUGUAUAUGAUCUAUCAGGCAGUUUCCAGUUUGUAUGUUGUGGUGUCCUGUCUUUUUAGCAGUCUUGAAGCAGUUGAUACUGUACAUACCAAAAUCAUGAAAGAAGAAGCAUUAUUUGCAGAACCUGAGAGGCAAGAGGGACCUAUUGGAGGAACCCUGUUCACAAAUUAUAGUUGCCUGUUUUUAAUUAACGGGAACUGCAGAUUUAAGUCAGUGGAUGUAAUUCUUCAUAAUUCCAGGACAAAAGACAAUGUGGAUAGUUGGAUGAGAACUUUUAGCUUGGUAACUGGCAACAUUUUAGCUGAGAAAAAGUUGGCUGAUUAUGGAAUUUUGGUUUCUAUUCAGAAUACCUCUGUUACAAUAUCUUGUGAAGAAGGAAAGGCAGAUAUUGUCUCUGAUUCAUCAGGAAUUAUGCUUCUUGUCUUUGAAUACGGGAACUCUAUUGGAAACAAUGAUGAUCACGUUCUCCUUGAAAAGUUGGUUUUGCAAUCUGUUAAUUGCUUACAUGAAAUAUCUCUUUCUGACUGCAAAUUUACUUUAUACUUGAGUGCCCCUCAGAAUGCUUCUUUAGACAACGAGAGCAAAAAACCUGGUGGUAAUAUAUCUUUGGGACGGGAUAUUGAUCAAGCAAUCUGCUCUGAGAGAUCCAAUAAUCAAUCUCUCCACUUUGUCAAGGAAAGGGGGUCUGCUACAAAUAUUCGAACUCCAGCUUCAGGAAGUUGCUGGUUACUUAUAAGUGUUGCAGUAGGUAAUGUUUUCAUAGGAAGGUGUCAAAUGAAGAAUGAUCUUGUUCCAGCACAUCAAAUGAAUAAGUUUCUGUCUUUGGUUUCUAUUGGUGGAGAAUUUGAGUUGAUAUCCAUGAAAAUUCAGGGUGGAAUGAUUCUUGAAACGGCAUCUUUAGCAGUGGUCAAUGGUUGCUAUUCUUCAUAUCUUCAUAGUAUUUUAAGUCUUGCCUCUGCUUCUCGACAACAUAAUAGAUGCACAAUGACAGAGCAUAGUGAAGCACGCUAUAAUCUUCCUGCGGAGGAUGCUCAAGGGACUCCUUGCCCGUCUUAUCAAGCUGAAAGUGGAUUACCAAAUACAUUUGCUUUAUCUUUGUCUCACUUUGCUCUUGUCUUUGUGCAUGAAAAUGAAUCUGGUGAAAUCCGAGAGAUUUUAGUUGAGGCUGACAUCCAUCUCAAACUCGAAUCAGCAACUACUAGGAGGAAAUUGAAAUUUGACCUUUCUCAUUUGUCAAUACUCUCUCAAGUUCUUCAUACAAGUGAGGAUGAUGAAAUAGAAAUCCCUCAUUUUGCUUCAGUGACACCAAAAGUAUUGUCAUCUCACCAUGCAUCUGGAGAUUUUCUUGCAGGAUCUCAGAAUUUAGAUGAACUUAACUCUGUUAGUGUUGCAAGCAGCUCAAGAGACUCUGUUCCCUUGAAAUCUGAGUUCCUUCAUUCUAUUCAUCAGAAGCCUAUUUUGAAAGAUUGA